GAGGUGUACAGAUUGCGCGCGUCGCUACUUCGGUUCCUUCGUGGCUGUUCGACUUCGCUCCUUCGACGACUUUCCCUUCUUUUCGGAUCGGAAGUUACGACAUUUUGAUCGGAAGCUAGAACAGGAGCUCGCUGGCUGUGAAGAUGGGUUAGAACAGUGAUAAAAUUACCAAACAAGAUCUGAGAAGCUCUCUAGUUUUGUAUCAACCGAAGAAAUUAUGCUGUUAUGCAUACAUUAUGAAAACUAGGCUGCAGCAAGGCUUUUGCAGGUACCAAAUAUAAAACUCUAUUUGAUAGUAAGAGGUAAAGCAAGGGAGGAAAAGGAUGUCAUCGAUUCAAGUUCGAUUGAUAACAGUGUCCUUGGAUGGAAGUGGAGAUUACGACAAGGUGCAGGAAGCAAUCGAUUCAGUGUCACUUUCUAAUGGCACGAGGACAGUGAUCCAGGUGUCCCCUGGGCUUUACAAGGGUCCUUUAUAUGUUCCUAAGACCAAGAACCUCAUUACCCUUACUGCUUAUAGCCCUGAGAAGACCAUUAUCUCCUGGCAGAACACUGCCACAUGCAUUAACCACCACCAGGCAUCACGUGUGAUCGGCACUGGAACAUUUGGUUGUGGAACCGUCAUCAUUGAAGGAGAGGAUUUCAUUGCCGAGAAUAUUACCUUUGAAAACUCAGCCCCUCAGGGUUCUGGCCAAGCUGUUGCGGUCCGAGUUACAGCGGAUCGUUGUGCAUUCUAUAAUUGCAGGUUUCUUGGAUGGCAGGAUACCGUAUAUUUGCAUUAUGGCAAACAUUAUUUGCGAGAUUGCUAUAUUGAAGGAAGUGUGGAUUUCAUUUUUGGGAAUGCCACUGCACUUCUUGAAAAUUGUCACAUCAAUUGCAAAUCUCCAGGAUUUAUAACUGCUCAAAGUAGAAAAUCCUCUCAAGAAUCAACGGGUUACGUGUUUUUGAGGUAUGCUGUAUUUACUAUUUUUGCCCAUGUGCUGUUUGUGUGCUGCAAACCAUUUAGCUCUUCAUGUGUAGAUAGAUCCCAUGUUCCGUCCUUUUUUGUCACCUUUCAUACUUUUACUGGCAAGCCACCCAGGCAAUGAGCAGGGAAAGAAUAC